AUGGACAUUUACGAAAACACACUGGAGUGUGUCCAAAAGGACAAAAGAUCACUUAGAACCACAUUCAGACAAACCAGAGGAUCCAUUGAAACCACUGAUCAAGAGGAGGAGGCGGGAUCCUGGAUAAAGGGGAACACAGAUGCUGCAGACACAGGAGGAAGAGUGAUGAAACUGGUCAUACUCGGCUUCGGAGUCUUGUGCAUCCUACAAGCUUCUCUCAAUGUCGCCCUACGUCUCGGUCAAUCCUGCAUAAACCUGUCUGAAGAGAUAAAUGAACAGCAGAAAAUCUAUUCAAUCCUUAACAUGAGUCACCACAACCUGUCUGAAGAAAGAGAUGAGCUACACAAAAUGUAUUCAAUCCUAAUGGCCGAAAAAAAAAAUCUGCUAGAAGAGAAAGAGGAACUACAGACCAUAAAUUCCUUCCUUAACACCAGUCACCAAAACCUGUCUGAAGAAAGAGAUGAGCUGCAGAGACUAUAUUCAGUCCUUAACAUGAGUCACCACAACCUGUCUGAAGAAAGAGAUGAGCUACAGAAAAUGUAUUCAAUCCUAAUGGCUGAAAAAAAAAGUCUGCUAGAAGAGAAAGAUGAACUACAGACCAUAAAUUCCUUCCUUAACACCAGUCACCAAAACCUGUCUGAAGAAAGAGAUGAGCUGCAGAGACUAUAUUCAGCUCUUCAAGCAAGAUACAAUAACGUGGAUGAAGAAAAAAAUAAGAUCCUUGCCAAACUGCAAAAAUUAAACAAUAACUGGUUAUACUUCAGUGGAAGCUUCUAUCAUUGUUCAGACAAUAAGCGUUCUUGGGAGGACAGCAGGUCUUUCUGUCAGGAACAAGGUGGAGAUCUCGUUGUCAUCAACAAUGAAGAGGAGCAGAAUUUUCUUAGAGUAUAUGGAGGACGCAGAUGGAUCGGACUGAGUGAUCGUCAGACUGAAGGAGUUUGGAAAUGGGUGGAUGGAUCUUCACUCACAUUAAGUUCUUGGCUGUCAGGGGAACCAAAUGAUGGAAAUGGUAAUGAAGACUGCGGUGAAAUCUUAAUGCGUGAUAAUGGCGACUGGAAAUUGAAUGAUCUGUCCUGUAAUAAUGAACAGAGUUGUAUAUGUGAAAUGUAAUGCCCUUAAACAUCACAUUUUUUAAUUUUUUUGUGUAAUUUGCUGUAAGGCCUGCAUAUACCCAAUGCAUUUGAUUUAAAUAAGUUUCAUUUGUCAGCUUUCAAGAUUGUUCAAUAUUCAUAGCCAAAAGAUAAGAGUCAAUUUGCAAUGUACACAUCACAAAUCAAACAAAUC